CAAAUGUCAGUGGUUUAGUGAUUUCUCGGAUAGUACAAUCUUGACAAAUACAAGCAAUCUACUUAUGAUCAAAGCUCUUUCAUAUCGGUAUGUAUAGCCCUUACAGCCAAACUUCACAGAACGUAUGGUAGGCCAGCCCGGAUGUACGGACUGAACGUAUUUUAGGCCGUCCCCAGUCUCAGCGUGGGUUCGCCGACCUUUGAAGCCGGCCCCACUCAACCGAAGAGGUUCACUGAUGGUCGGAUUCUGGGGCAGACUGAGGCAGAUGUGAAGUAAGGUGACCGGAGAACGAAUUAAUCACUUCUUCGUCAAAUUUUUGCAUCGGACGAAAAAUGGAAGGUUCUGUUUUGAAAACAUGCAGGGAAGAAUGGGACGAAUUAGACAAGGAAUUUGUGCAGCUGGAGGAAGACCAUCGCUUAUAUCAGAAAAAAUUGGAGCAGAUGAUUACAGCCCAGAAGAAAUGCAUGGAAAGCAUUGCCCAUCAUCGCUACAGGAUCAAGAAAAUCAACGAGUCUCUAAAAAAAGAAUCAAGACAUCAGCAGUCUGCUGAAGACAAGAGCCAGAUUAAAGAUCUUCAACAGAAAAUAAAAGAGAGAAAGGAGGCAUUUCAUGAGAUGGAGGAAAUAUUGCCCCAUAAAAAUGGACCUUACCUGAAGAUAAUCCUGGGGGAAGUGAAUGUAUCUCUACUUAAUAAAGCAGACAAAUUUCAGUACAAGCAGGAGUAUGAGCGCUUCAAGCUAGUGGUGACAUAUGUGGUGAUGAUCCUGUCUCUCCUGGUCCUAUCUGUCAGCUAUCAUAGAUGGCUGGAUGCAACAUUGCACUUCCUGCUGGUCUGGUACUACUGCACAUUGACUAUCAGGGAAAAUAUACUGCGUGUUAAUGGCUCAAGGGUGAAAGGUUGGUGGGUAACCCACCACUUCAUUUCCACUGUAUGUGCUGGCAUUAUAUUAAUUUGGCCAGAAGGUUAUACCUAUCAAGAAUUUCGUACACAGCUGAUCUUCUUUUCUUUAUAUAUAAGUAUGGUACAAGUCAUGCAGUAUUAUUAUCAGAGUGGAUCUUUAUACAGACUUAGAGCUUUAGGCAUGCGGCAUACCAUGGACAUCACAGUAGAGGGCUUCAUGUCAUGGAUGUGGAAAGGUCUCUCAUUCCUUCUCCCAUUUUUGUUUCUCGGAUACGUGUACCAGCUGUAUAAUGCCUACACACUGUAUCACCUUUCCCAACAUCCAGGCUGUAAGGAGUGGCAAGUUUUGGCUCUGGCAGGAAUCUUCUUCAUCUUGGGCAUGGGCAACAUACUGACUGUAGGAGCCGUAAUUCGACAAAAGAUGAAGAAGGAGGGCAUCAGUUUACAGUCUCUCUACAAUAAAUACAGAUUCCUUGCGGAUAAAAACAACUAACCAAACUGUCGAAUUUGACUGCCUAUGUGUAGCCUGUGAGUAAUAUAUUCUCAUGAAGAAUGUGUUUCAUGAUGUGUGAUGUGAAUAGCAGGAUGUUGUUAUCAGUACAGUUUUAUACCCCUAAUACAUGUCACCAACCCGGAACUUUGGAACUAUACAUGUACCUAGUAAACAGUUUAAAUUGUUCAUAGAUUAUUCAUUGUGUAGUGGCGUUUAUGUUAGUACUGAUGAAACUAUGACAUAUAUAUAUAUAUAAGAUUUCAUUCUUCUUGUUUUACUAGAACUACCUGCAAUAACAAAAGAUAUGACCUAGUAGCUGCUCACAUUCAACCCAUAUGUUGUUGGUUCGUAAUUAGGGGGUUUGUUAAAUAAAGAGUCACCAUGCACAUUAUAUUUC